AUGUCGAACUAUAAUCGAGUUGGUUCGAAGAUAAAUGAAGAUUUGGAAGAAGAGUUUGUGGAAGACUCUUUAGAUUUGGAGAGUGAUAUUAAAGAAGACAAUGAAAACUUGGAAGAAGAGAGAGUUGAAGAUUCUUUAGAUUUGGAUAAUGAUAUUGAAGAAGAUAAUCAAGAUUUUGAGGAAGAGAUAUUGCCUAUUGAAGAAGAUGAAGGUUUAGAAGAAGGAGAGUUACAUGAGGAAGAAGUUGUUCAUAUUGAAGAAAGUGAAGGUUUAGAAGAAGGAGAGUUGCAUGAGGAAGAAGUUGAACAUAUUGAAGAAAAUGAAGAUUCUGAGAUCAAAGAAGAAGUGAAGAAUACGUUACAAAUUCUGGUUCCAGCCUAUAAUGAGUAA